GGGCCUCGCGGGAAGUCUGCUUGGGGGCGGGGCCGCUGGUCUCCAGCUGCCUGCGCGAGGGGAGGGCGAGCAGUCGAUCGCCGAGCACCUUGGCGAGCAUCAUGGCAUUUCCCAUCCCGCGGCGCCUGCUCCUGGUGUCCAACUCGCGGCUGCACGGAGAGGGCUACCUGGCGCACUGCGAGGAGCAAAUGCGCAGCUUCUUCGGGGGAAAAGUGAAUCGAGUUCUUUUUAUUCCAUAUGCACUUCAUGAUCAAGAUGCCUAUGCCAAAACUGCAAGAGAAAAAUUUGAAAGCUUAGGAUAUGAAUUAGACAGUAUUCAUGAAUCUUCUGAUCCUGUGGAAGCUGUAAGAAAAUCUGAAGCCAUAUUUGUAGGUGGUGGUAAUACUUUCAGACUUCUAAAGAUUUUAUAUGACUUAAAUCUGAUUCCUGAGAUCAGGAAAAGAGUCCUACAUGCAGGUAUUCCAUACAUGGGAUCUAGUGCUGGAACGAACGUAGCCACCAUCAGCAUCAGUACAACCAAUGAUAUGCCAAUUGUAUUCCCACCUUCCUUGGAGGCUUUGGGGUUUGUUCCUUUUAAUAUCAAUCCCCACUACCUGGAUCCAGAUGUUAAUAGCACACAUAUGGGUGAGACACGUGAAGAACGGAUUCUUCAGUAUCAUGAGGAGCCAGACACCCCUCCAGUGCUGGGUUUACGCGAAGGAUCGAUGCUACUGGUGGAAGGAAACAAAGCUACACUUUUAGGAAGAAAUAAAGCUCGGCUUUUUCUGAGGGGUCAGACACCAACAGAACACGAGCCUGGAGCCGACUUCAGUUUUCUCCUUACUAGUUCUUAGAAGCUACCAGCCUUGCCAGAAAAAGAUAAUCAAUGGUGUCAGUGGUGAAACAAUCAAAAGAAGAUUGCCAGUAUAAAUGAAGCAAACGUAAGACAUUAAACUGAAUACAAGUCACAAUGCUCCAUGUGCAAUUUGGCAAUAUCAGUUUUGUAGCUAUAACCACUUGGCUCUACAGAAUACAACUUUUUAAAAAUAAAUUCUAUAAUAAACUUUUGCCUACAUUUU